AAAAAAGGGCUGACUCCGGGAAAAAUCACGCUCACCAGUUGUGACAAGGACGCUGCUGGGACCUGAAUGGCUGAGGCUGAGGCCUUCUCAAGAAGACUAGUUUCUGGUUGGCGGGAUAGCGAGCAGCCAUGGGGUGAAGCUCUACCACGGGGGAGCAGCCGUGGGGUCUGGUCGAGAAGAGAAGCCUCCUUUUGGUUCCAAGUCACGGGGAUUUUAUUGGCAUGGAUGGCCCUCAUCCAAGAAACAUCAGCCAGUGGCUUCAGCAACUGGGUCCCGCUCGCGACCUUACGGUUCGACACUGGCGACCUGAUCAGCUGCAAACUGGCCGAGAAAUUCCGGGCUCUUGGAUCGAUCUACGCCCCGGGACUCGAACACUGGCUCUUAGCAUACGACGCUCGGAACCUUGUCGACAUAGAGCCCAACGGCUCCCUCAGCGAAACGCUCAUCACAGUGAAACACGUCGACGAACUGAACCACUACAAGGAGUGCUACAAACGCAACAAUCCUAGUCUCCCGACGGAGAUGGUCAAAGGCUUUGUCGACUACAACAAGGGCAAGACGCUUUACUAUAGUCUUCUCCGCUGCAGUUGUAAACACUAUACGCAUUACUGGGCAACUGGAGCGAAAGGCGGAUCUUUCGGCAAAGUCAGUUUUCUACCACCCUCCAGGAAAUGCAUCUAUGUUCUCGAGGUCAACACCCCGGCGUCCUACCGCGAGACGCUGAUACCAGCCAUACCCCCAAAAGAACAACCGCAAAAUGUCCAGCAGAACUUCCUGACACCACAGAACUCGAUGCAGAUUCCAUUCCAGGCCGCACAGAAUUUGCAACAGGUUCCGCACCAGGUGCCACACAAUUUCCAGCAAAGCUCAUUCCAGGUACAACAGAGCCCAAUCCAAGUACCACAGCCAAUCCUCCUGCCACCACAAAACAGGCAGAACGGGAUCCCUCUCCCUGCUCUACAGUACUUACUACAACAACAGAGACUCGCCAAUCUCAACAGCAAUCGACAAAAUCAAUCCCAACAGUUGCCGAAUUUCGUUCCAACACCAUCUCCAUCAGAAGAGGGUCAGGGACCCGUUAUAUUCCCUCCUCUACAGAAUCAAGUGAAGGAUAAUUUCCUCCCGUUUACACCGCAAUCACCAAAGGAUCAGUUCCAACAACUUCAGUCACUUUUGGCCGUAGUGGUCCCGCAAGUUAAGCGAGUGUUGCACUUGCAAGAUGCUUUAGCGCAGUGGUCGGCCAGGCAGAAUACGGUGCCAUGGCAAAUAAGAUGAGAGUCCUCAACACGGCAUCGUGAUUGGGUCGAUUUCAUGUAACCAAAAUGUGUAUAUUAAAUGCUUUAUCCUG